GGAGGGGAGCGCUGCCGCCAUGUGCCAGGCGCAGGAGGAGUACGGGGGCUGCGGCCAGCCCCGGAGGCGGCCCCGCGUCAGCUGUGCGCAGAAGUGCAUGAAGUGCAAGGAGGCCUCUCCUGUGUUAGUCAUUCGUGUUGGAGAUGCCUUUUGCAAGGCCUGUUUUAGGGAGUAUUUUGUUCACAAGUUCCGUGCGAUGCUUGGGAAGAAUCGUGCCAUUUACCCAGGAGAAAAGGUUCUUCUUGCAUUAUCAGGUGGACCUGCCUCCAGCUCAAUGCUUCGACAAGUCCAAGAGGGGCUGAGUCGGGAGACAGCCAAGAAACUGCGCUUUAUGCCGGGCAUCAUCUACGUUGACGAGGGAGCCGUGUGCGGGCAAAGCCUGGCAGAGAGAGAGAAGACGCUGCUCCAGCUGGAGACCGUCCUGCAAGCCUCGGGGUUUCCAUAUCACCUGGCCCACCUAGAAGAGGUGUUUGACUUGCCCAGCUCCAUCCUGCAGCGUGUGCCCCACAAUCCCGCAGGGCCCAAGGACAGCUACAAGGAGGCGGUGGAGGGCUUUAUCCGCCAGCAGAGGCAGGAGGAGGGCGGAGGUCCCUCUCUGCCUGAGAGGCAGAUCCAGGAGAAGCUUGCCAAGGUCAGCGUGCGAGAUGCGCCCGGAAUGGAGGGGCUGGCCGCCCCGGAAGCCAGGCUGUUGGCUGCAGUCCGGACCGAGCAGCUGAUCCGGCUCUUUGGGUCCGUGAAGACGUUGACGGCUAAAGAAGAGCUGCUGCAGACCCUGCGGAACCACCUGAUCCUGCACAUGGCCAGGGCCCACGGGUACUCCAAGGUCAUGAUGGGAGACAGCUGCACCCGCCUGGCUGUCAAACUGCUGACCAACCUCUCCCUGGGGCGGGGGGCCUCCCUCGCCAUGGACACGGGCUUCUCGGACGAUCGCCAUGGCGACGUGGUGGUGGUGCGGCCCAUGAGGGAGUACUCUGCCAAGGAAAUCGCCUUCUACAACCACCUGUUUGGCGUUCCCACGGUCUUCACUCCUGCCUUGGACACCAAGGCCCUGGAGAAGGCCAGCAUACACCGGGUGAUCGAGCGCUUCCUCUACGGGCUGCAGGCAGAGUUCCCCUCGACCGUCAGCACCGUGUACCGGACGGGCGAGAAGCUGAGCGCGACCCCUGGAGACGCCGGCCCUGCCGCUGAGCCCGAACGCUGCCUCCUGUGCUUGUGCACCCUGGACACCAACGUGGAGGACGGCUCUGCUUUGCAAGCCAUCCUGGUCUCGGAGCGGCUCUCCCAGCAGAAGCUGCCAGCUGCGGCGCCCGCCGGGAGAGGGUGCUGCCUGGGGGCAGAGGAGCAGAGAGGAUGCUGCAUGAACACGACAGCUCCAGGGGCCGACGCCCGGGCCGACUUCCUGCCCCUGCUCUGCUACGGCUGCAGACUGACCAUCAAGGACACGACCUGCCUGGAGAGCCUCCCGCUCUACGUCCGCUCGGAGGCAGAGCGCAGGAAACGCAGGGCCGCGAUGAAGCUGGAAAUCCAGGAGUUCUUGCUGGAAGAUGAAGCUGUGACUCCGGGUGAGAGCUGACAGGUGGACCACGCUCCCAACGAGCUCGACGCUUCCCUGGCUGUCAGGGGCCCC